CAGAAAAAGGUGAGAUCAAGCCAAGUCCAAGAAAGCGCAAGUGCAGAACAGCAAGGGAGGCCGAGAAACCUCUCGAACAUUCCAGAUUCCCUCAAACCCUAGCUAGCUUGAACCCCUAGCAUCCUCGCCCAAUUAGCGCUGAACUCUUCCCGCUCGCUGCCCCCUCCACUGAACCCAUUCCCGCCCAUGGCUGAGGCGGCGGCGGCGGCGGCGGCGGAGGAGGGGGAGUACGUGAGCGACGUCGACGACUCGCCCGUCCUGGCGUUGAGGCGUCGCGCGGAGGCGAGCGACGACGACGACGACGACGACGACGACGACGACGACGACGACAGCGGCGGCGGCGGCGGCGGCGGCGGCGGCGGCGGCGGCGGCGGAAGUGGCUCGCCGCCGCCGUCGACGGUGGUCGUCUGCUCCGAUUCCGACUCCGACGGGCAGGGCGCCGCCGAGUUGUACGGCGAAGACGAGGGUUCUGAGAAAUGCCAGGGGUCGCAAGAGGAUUUCGGCGCAGGGCGUAGUGGUGGUGGUGGAGAUGCCAAGGAAGUGGCGGAUGAGGGGAAGUACGACGACGAGGAGGAGGAGGAGGAGGCCCAGGCGAAGGGGGGAGCCGCAGCGGACGGAGAGGACAAGGCGAAGAAGGAGCCCUACGCCGAGCCGAGGAUUGGUGCCUUCUUCAUGCACGAUGAUCGCUUCCACGACAAGGAAAACCACAGCCGACCCCGCCACAGGGAGUUUUUCGGUGGCCAAAAGUUAAGGCAUCCGAAAGAUGACAGUGUGUGGGUGCAUGAUCUGUUUGAUGAGAUAAAUAUCCAUGAUGUUCAGCAUGACAAUAUAAGGAGGCCAACAAUUCCUUUUGGACCAUGGGCUGGUGAUAGAACUCAUGGUGUUAACCAUGGUUAUCUUGAAGGAACCAAAUCACCAUCAUACUAUCAUGGUAACAGGGCAGACUACAAGUAUAUCCCAAAGAGCUCCCUUACUCGCUACGAAAGCAGCAACAACUAUAACAGGUUUCCAAAUGAAGCCCACACUUCCUAUGACAAUUCCAAGAACUACAGAAGUAUUCCAAGAAAACUCCACUCCUACUAUGACGAUAACAACUUUGAUAAUGCCCGAAGAGAACCUCCUACCUAUCAUCUGAAAGGUAUAGGUUAUGCACCAAAUGUUUACAGAGGGAAACCAUCUAGGCCCUACCAACCUCACUGGAAGAGUACUUUUGGAAUCUCUUCGGUGCAAAGAAAUAGGACAUAUUCCAGAUCACAGAAUGAAGAGGCUUGUUCCAGUGCAGGUGAGGGGAAGUGCUAUUAUCGGACUUCAGACUUGCAGAAUGAGCAAGAUAUUCCUUUGAAGGAAAAACUCCCCUUGAUUCAAAGAAGAAAAGCGCCGCCUGCAAUUUUUAGUAAACUCUUCACAACCUCCGUUCAUAUGGCACAUAGUUCUCUGAAAACACAAUAUCGUCCUGUUUUGGGGGUGAAGCCUUUUGUUCCAUCUGGUGGGCAUGAAAAUGCUGUUGAUUCUGGUAGUACAGUUUCCAUAAAAGCCAUGCCCAGCCUUGGUUCUCAUUCAUCUGUAUCAACAUCAAACAACUACAGCCAAUAUUCAAAAUCCAGGGACCAAGGAGGUGGUUUGAACAAUGGUGAGUCUGCAAAGAACAGAUUUUCUUCAACUAGUCAAGCAACUGGAUAUGAUACUGAAUUCAGUGAUGCAGUCUAUCAGCAAAGGUCAGUUCAGCAACUCCAACCGAGACAAAGGGCAUCUACUCAGAUAUUUCAUCAAAACAUUGUCAACAAAAACAACAUUCAGUCUCAUCCACAAGCUACAUCGACAAGUUCAACUGAAGAUGCAGAGACCAGUCCGCCUCCUGGAUCAAAGAAUUCUGAAGCACCUGCUGUGGUAAUAGGGCAAACUGAUAAGGAGGAACCAGUGAGUGCUUCUUUUUCGCAUGACGGUGGUCAAGCUCUUCGUGACCAAGGGUUCCCUGGUACUCCAGCAUCAUUGCCAGCUAUGCAGUUCAGCGGCCAGCAUCCUAACAGACCUGAUAUUCCUUCAAUUGGUAUGGCUUUGCCAGGAGUUUUGUCGCACCAACUUGGUGGCAAUUCUGAGAUGAAUCACCUGACUUGGCUGCCAACAUUGUCUGGUGCUGCUGGGUCUUUUGGGGAAACAUAUCAUCCUUGUUAUCUUGGCAGUUAUUAUCCUCAACCUUCUCAACUUUCAUCUUCAUCAGUAUCCUCAAGAAACCAUAGUGUGACUGGUGUUCCUGUUUCAUUGAACUCCCAUGAGAUAUCAGAGGUUGUAGAUCAAGAACUUCAGCAACGCAAGAACAAACCUCGCAGAUACUCCGAGAUGAGCUUUGCAUCAUGAACAUAAUGAGUUUGGUGGCAAUCGAAGUGAAUUGACAGAACCAGCUUUCAGUUGUGUACAACUACAACUAGCACAAUCUAUUGCCAGACUGCUCAAUUAGCACAGCCCAGUACUUUGUCAAGUCCAAGUCCUGAGACCCUUGUUUUCUUCUCUGAAGCACUUCGUUUUACUUGCUGUAACAACAUACACCAGGUUUGACUGUUUAGGUAAGCAAGUUCUUGUCGUAGCCGUAUGCACUGGCCUGCACCUUGUAGAUCGUGCUGGUUUUCUGGUACUCAAAUUGUUAGGACUUUGGCAGGUCUCUCGCCAUGAUGAUCCCGAGGUUGGCAGUUACUAUUUGUGAACUCUUUGUCGUGGCCAAGAGUACUAGACUUGCUUCUGCUCUGCUCUUGUCUUGAAAUUUCAGCUGUUUUGCUAGCGUGGCCUUUGUUUGAAACUUCUUACAUCAAUACCUUACAGUGGCAACACAAACCACAUCUUCCAUUACUGCUGUUCUUAGCAUAUCAUCCGUAGUUAGUGGCACAUGUCAUGUAUUCUUUUGACGGAACACAUUUGUUGACGUAUUCAUGUGCUGAUUAUGGUCCUCUUUUCUUA